AGAGGGGUGGUACGAGGGUGAGACUUGGCAUUGAUGUCUAGAUACACUGAAGACAGACUGCGGAGGUUGCACUUCAGAAGUGGCUGUUGAUUAUGUGCUUGAUAUUAUCGCCGAGGUAUCUUUUUGUAUUUUUCUGCUGGGGAUGGGCCAGAUUAGGAAGGGCAGUACGAGGGUGGGACUUGGCGUUGGUGUUUUGGAACAUCAAAGAUGGACAGGGUUUUCGCGGAGGUCGCUCCUCAGAUAUCUCCACAACUACAGAUCGGGGAUCUUCCAAAAUCGAGAAGAUUGGUGCAUAUGGCUAGGUCUCUUCACCUUACAAUUUGUAUGGCAAUUUGGCCCGGGGUUGUGGUGUGGUAGGGGAGAAUGGGGGAUAAUCCCACGCAGGAGUUCCGAACGACGUCUGGUUCACAUUUGGCUGGAUAACUCCACCACCACACGGGGUAUGCGGUCGGCGAUGGGGUCAAAAUGCUCGUAUGAUCGAGGGCUUUUCGAUGGAUCUAUCGGCGGGUUCUUAUUCGAAAAAUCGAGCGAGUUCGUGGUGGAACGGUUGUGUCUGUGAAAAAUAUAGUUA